AAUAGAUAAAUAAAUAUCACGCGAAUUCUAUCCAUUUCAUCUUCAGCCGCUCUCGCUAUCCUCGACGCAACCCUUAAUCUAAAUCGCCAGGUUUCACGGAGAUUUUCCUCGAUCAUGGGAGGAGGAGCCAUGCGAACGGCAGCCAAGGUGGCUAACAUCGGUGUCGGCGGCAUCAGGGGUGCGGGAUUCCCGUCGAUCCCCGCGGUGACUGAGCAGUCGAUGAUGAGGAGCGCGUCCAAGCAGGUUUCCCCGGCGAUCGUAUCUGCGUCUCAUUCGAAGGUUGAUGGCGUGGCUCAGGUGCAGCGGCCUUCGUGGGAGGUUGAUGACUGGGAGUUCAUCGGCAGCGGGGAGGAGCGUGUUGUAUCCGAUCCCCGUGGCGGUGAGCCAAUGGGUAGGACCGUUGUCCAGGGCCCUCCUAGCCUUCAGGAGGCUAAGGAUGCUACCACUGAAUUGAAAGAUGCUCUGGAUAAGUGCGUCUCUGUUCUUGGAAAAGAAAAUUCGAUUUUCAAACUUUUCUUCUUCAUCUGUGGAUAUAGCUAAAUAUUUAGGAUCGUUUGGUUCGUCUUUUA